CUCGAAUGGACAAAGACGACAUAGAUUUACCAGAUAUAAAUGAAGGUCAACAGAAACUUCAUAGUCAUAAUAUAAAGCAACUUAAACCCCCAAUAUCUGAAGAACUAUUGAGCUAUUCUCCAAGAGAUGUGACACAAUAUCAAUGUGCAGAAACAGCAUACCAGACUAAUAGAUUUUUAUUUCGAGUUAGCCAAGAACUAGGUAAAGAAACAGCGCGAGAUGUGUUAGGAAAACUGAAAGAAUUGGGUUAUGUCAGUCUUAAUGACAAAACAUUCCUGGUUGAGAUUCUCAACGAGAUAGGGCAAAUUGAAUUAGCAGGAAAGAUUGAAAGUAACAAAAUUCCUACAGCCCCAAUUAAAAGACGUCAAAGUUCAUCAAAUAUUGAAAAUAAUUUUCGCAGAACAGGAGUUGAUACCAGAAGCAGAUUAGAACUGCAAAACGUGGAUGAGACCAACAAGCUACAGAUGGAGAAACAUAUAAUUGAAAAGAUAAAUAAUCCUGAUAAUGAGACUCGACUCAAAUUAUAUGGAGUUGACAAAGCAGUUCAAGUAAAUAUAAUAGCGGGACAUGAGGGAUCUGUCAUACUAACAACGAGAUGCUGGAGCUUAAAAUGUUUCCAACACUUCAAGACAGCUGUGAAGAGUGGUAUAUUUGGACGACUGCUAACCAGUGUCCUGGUAACUGAAGAGAUGCAGACAAGGGCAAACAAGUUCAAUCUUAGGGUUGAAAUCAUUGUCACAAUUACAGACAUAGAAAUUUCCAAAGCUGAGUGUUUUCUGCGAGCCUUUGAAGCAGACUCUAAGAUAUUUGAUGCUGCAAGAGCAGUCAGCAAUACUGAGUUAUUCACUACAACUAGAAGCACAACACAUAUUGAAUAUCUUAAUCUGAUGCUGAUUGGAUGGCCUUCAAAGACUGAAACAAAGCUCUUCAAUGAAAUGACAAGUUAUCUUAAGAAAUCCUGCACUGAAAAAAAAGCAUUAACAAACAAAGUAACUCAACUGCAGAUCGAACAUAAGAAAUGUGAUGUUCUAGCAGCAGAAAAGAGGGUCCAUGAGAAGGAAGUACAAGACCUUAAGCAAGAAAUGUCAAGCCUGCAAAAUACACUGGAAGCAAAGGAAACUGAAAUACAAAGUAUUACUGAAGAACUGAAGCGCAUACAAAAGCAAUGUGAUAAUCAGGCAACAGUACUGGCUGCAGAAAAGAGGAAUCAUGCGGAAGUACAAAACCUUAACCUGCAAAAUACGCUGGAAGCAAAGGGAAAAGAAGAGAAGAAUCAUGGGAAGGAAGUACAAGACCUUAGGAUACAAAUUUCAUUCCUACAAAAUGAAAUCAGACAGAGAGAUAAUCACAUUAAGGAAUUAAAAGGAAAAAUACAGGAUUAUACACAAAUACAGCAGCCAUUACUAAAACCGGAAGAAAAGAAAACCAAAAAGAUGCUGGAUGUGAUGCUUUGUGCAGCUGUGAAUAAGGGUGAUGCUGCUUCAGUUAAACAUUUGUUGGAUCAGGGUGCACGAUCUAAUUGCAAAGAUGGAAAACAAAAUACCCCACUAAUGCUUGCUUGUGAAGGUGGAUAUACUGAGAUUGGCAAACUUCUACUUGAAAACAAUGCUGGUACAGGGGCCAGAAACCAGGUGUUUAUUUAUUAA